AUGCGCGCAGGGUGGAUGCGGUCCUGCGCUCGCGAGGCUUCCUUGCUCAGCACCCCUCCUCUCUGUGCCUGGCCACUGCCUGAUGAGCAGCCUAAUUGGCCGCGCUCACUUGGUACUGCCACAGAACUCAGCGCUCAGGCCAAGGUAAUACAUCAGCGUUCGUCAUUUCCCGUGCAGAUUUUUGCAGUUUCAGAUUUUUGGAAUUCAGAAAGCUGUUACUUCUUGUGUUUUAGCUCUGCAACACCCUUUGUAGUUUUGCAGGUUAUCUUUCCAGUGAAAGAAACUGAAAAUCUCUGUAUAGUGGUUUCUUAUGUGCUGACCUUGAAGUUGGCAGAUGGGCACACUGUAGGUGUGCUCUCACUGGACCCUCUGUAUGCUCCAGUCUUGCAUCACCCUGUAGAAAAUCUUCACCAGCAAUCUUUGCUCACAAUCAACACCCUUACUGGAAUGUUGAUGAACAAAGUGAUGUACACAGAGGCUAAGUACCUUGACCCCAGUCAAAUGGGGAACGAUGAUUUAAAGCAAGGCAGUGCAGCUCCAGGUUCUGGGCUAUUGAACGAAUACACUGUAAAGAUCACAACCACAGCUGCAUGUAUGAUGGAUCUACGAAGAUAUCCUCUGGAUGAGCAAAACUGCACUCUGGAGAUUGAAAGUUAUGGCUAUACCACCGAUGACAUUGAGUUUUACUGGAAUGGAGGAGAGGGAGCAGUAACUGGAGUUAAUAAAAUUGAGCUUCCUCAGUUUUCAAUUGUCGACUACAAGAUGGUCUCCAAGAAAGUGGAGUUCACAACUGGGGCAUAUCCACGACUGUCGCUAAGUUUUCGUCUAAAGAGAAAUAUUGGCUACUUCAUUUUGCAAACCUACAUGCCUUCCACAUUGAUUACAAUUCUGUCCUGGGUGUCUUUUUGGAUCAACUAUGAUGCAUCUGCAGCCAGAGUUGCAUUAGGAAUCACCACCGUGCUGACGAUGACAACCAUCAGCACUCACCUCAGGGAGACUUUGCCAAAGAUCCCUUAUGUCAAAGCGAUUGACAUUUACCUGAUGGGUUGCUUUGUGUUUGUGUUCCUGGCUCUCCUGGAAUAUGCCUUUGUAAAUUACAUCUUCUUCGGGAAAGGCCCGCAGAAAAAGGGAGCUGGCAAACAAGACCAGAGUGCCAAUGAGAAGAACAAACUGGAGAUGAAUAAAGUUCAGGUCGACGCCCACGGCAACAUCCUGCUCAGCACCCUGGAAAUCAGGAACGAGACGAGCGGCUCGGAGGUGCUCACGGGCGUGAGCGAGCCCAAGGCCAGCAGCAUGUACUCGUACGACAGCGCCAGCAUCCAGUACCGCAAGCCGCUGAGCAGCCGCGGCGAGGCCUACGGGCGCGCGCUGGACCGACACGGCGCGCACAGCAAGGGCCGCAUCCGCCGGCGCGCCUCGCAGCUCAAAGUCAAAAUCCCCGACUUGACUGAUGUGAACUCCAUAGACAAGUGGUCCCGAAUGUUCUUCCCCAUCACCUUUUCUCUUUUCAACGUCGUUUAUUGGCUUUAUUAUGUACACUAA